AUGUUUCUGAUUUGUUUAUUCCUCACGUUGGUUGGAAUUGUUCAAACCGAUGAUCAAAACAAACGAUUGCGAGAUAUAAUGGAAGGACAUCAAGACAGACCUGUUACCACGUUUAUUUUCAAUACCACGUGGCAAUGCAGUUUGAAUUCGAAGUGGUCCGCAAGAGUUUACUUUUACGAUUAUGAUUUCAUGUAAGUUCUAACGAGAAAUUUGAUUGCGAGCGCAUCUCAAAACUCAUUUUUAUCUGAAUAGCUGCAUUUAAUUUAAAAAAAAACAUAUGCAAAACAAAAAUUAAAAUUUUACAGAUGCAGUAAUGAUCCUGUGCAAGACUAUAAAAUCAAUGAAUACACCGCAGAAAAUGUUAGAUUUGUAUACAAAGGAAAACAAGAAGGUGAUGGUGCCUCAAAUACUUACGAUAUCAGAGUUAUAGUAUUUCAUAACUGUCGAAUGGAUAAAGGUUGGAUGAACUACUUCGAGAAAAUCGGAGAAGCUGAUAGCAGAAUUGAUCAAAAUGUAACAAUGUACAAUCAUUUGAACUUGGAUAACAAAGGGGAACAAAUGAAAAAAGAAAAUAUUCCGGAAACAUAUGAUCUUGUUAAAUUCAAGUUCCUUCAAAGAUAA